UCCCCCAUUACUGCUGGUAUCUCCUUGCAUUCACCUCUCUCUACAUAGCAGCCAGUAUAAUGUCCCUUCUUAACAUUGCAUCAAGGGCUGUAAAGCCUACCUCCAACCUCGUAAUCCUUCGUGCUUUUAGCUCAUACUCUGUCGUCCGCCCUACCUCUUCGGCAUUUAUAAUAAACGACAAUAACAAUAAUACCUUGAGUGCAACCAAUAGCUCCACAACAGUUCUCGGUCGUCUUGGCUCCUACAUCUCUGACUUGCUCCCUUCGAUCGUCUGGGCAUCAGUCCCCAAGAGCAAGACCUCGCAUUCCAAGAAGCGCAUGCGUCAAGCGACCAAAGGGCUCAAAGAGCAACACAAUAUUGUCCAGUGCCCUGGAUGCGGGCAUGCUAAACUGAUGCACCAUCUUUGCAUGCACUGCUAUCGGGAUAUGAAAGGUCGUGGGCCUUCUUCCAGGACGUUGGCAUAGCAUAGCAAAUAAUCGGAAAUAUAUGAAGUGCAUAAGAGAUGACCUCGGAUCAGAUCAAUUUAGAUAACACAUCAGGCAGGAUCAAUCAUUGCUAGCUUAUUCAUAAAGUCUUUUUUUAUAUUUCUCUUUUCCUUCUCAUUUGGAUUAAAUCAACGUCCAUAUCGAGGAUAUCAAUCUAUCUUAUGCGGAUAUCAAGACUUGGUCUAGCGAGCAUAUUAUAGGAAUCAUUGGGAAACCAAUUCAGAUUGAAUGGGACAAGGAAUCAAAUAUCCAUCCUGCACGACCUGAGAAUUGCUUGCUCCUCGUCCACAGUAUUGAUAACGAAGCGGUUCAUUGCCCCACGAUAAUACGCCUUCCUCUAGGUUC